GUGCCUGUGCACCGGUGUUUUGUCCGGCCUGACAGGGCGCCUUCUACUUCGCCGUGGUCCGGCCUGACCCCGCCUUCCUCCGGCCCUUCUACCUCGCCGUGGUCCGGCCUGACCCUGCCUUCCUCCGGCCCUUCUACCUCGCCGUGGUCCGGCCUGACCCUGCCUUCCUCCGGCCCUUCUACUUCGCCGUGGUCCGGCCUGACCCCGCCUUCCUCCGGCCCUUCUACUUCGCCGUGGUCCGGCCUGACCCUACCUUCCUCCGGCCCUUCUACUUCGCCGUGGUCCGGCCUGACCCUACCUUCCUCCGGCCCUUCUACCUCCCCGCAACUGACCGAGGGAAGUGUUGGGUUUACCCAGAACCCCGAGCUGUCGAGGUGCCCGGAAGUUGGCCGGACUCUGGUGUCGUUAUGGUGACGGGUGGCUUCGGCCUCCUCUGGCUGCAGGUUCUGGCUAUCUCGGCUGCUAAAAUGAAAAUUGUGGAAGAGCCCAACACCUACGGAUAAGAUAGAUAAGCACCAAUGAUGUGGGCGGUGUUGAUGAUUCCACUCUUUGGGAGGCCAUGAAGGCGGUUAUUAGAGGUUGUAUAAUGGCAUAUGAGACAGCGGAAAAAAGAAGAUUGAAGAAAAGGUUAACUGAAAUAGAUGAUCAGUUGGCAAAUCUGGAAGCUUCUUACAAGAUAAACCAGGAAGCAGAAUUACUUUAUAAGAUUACUGCCUUACGGCUGAAUAAUCCUUUCAUGUCCCAAGUAAACCGGCUUCAACCAAAAAUCAAUCCUGCUACCAUUUCAGGCCCCACUCAUCUGCACAGACUGGCCGGAAAAUGCUUCAGUAUGAUCGAGUCAUCGUAUAAGUAUGAGUUUUGCCCCUUCCACAACGUUACACAACAUGAACAGUCAUUUCGCUGGAAUGCAUACAGUGGGAUCUUGGGAAUAUGGCAGGAAUGGGAGAUUGAAAACAAUACCUUUGUAGGAAUGUGGAUGAAGGAGGGAGAUUCUUGUACCACCAGGAACAGACAGACUAAGGUCCUUUUAACGUGUGGAACCAGCCAUAAACUGGCCCAUGUUUCUGAGCCCCACACUUGCAUCUACUGGCUGACCUUCGAGACGCCAUUGGUCUGCCAUCCACAGUCCUUACUGGUUUACCCUAAUCUGAAGGAAGAGCUGCAGAGGAGAUGGGACCAAGCAGAACAGGCACUUUACGAUGGCCUCAUUACUCAGCAAGGUUACAGGAAAUUGCUGCAAGCAAUAUUUGAAGAUGCAGGCUACUUGAAAACUGGUCAAGAGAAAACAGAAACUGAAGAACAAAGCCACUUGCAAGAGGAGACCCUAGAAAGAUGCAGUGAGGAGCGCAAUAAACUCUCGGCAGAGGUGCAGAGGCUAAAGGAUAUACUGACACACCACAACAUCACUACAUUCCUGUCAGUGAGUGAGGAUACACCAGCUCUACGCACACCUCAAAUCCCAGGACACUAACAACAGCAGAGAGGCCCCGGGUUUUGGACAAAUCACCGUGUGCAGCAGAUGAAUACUCUGGACCUUAAAACAGGCAUUGUGUAGUUUAGAGGAACGUUUGUGCUUAAUACAAACUCUGCUGGUACUACUGAUUUUAUUUUUGCAAAAGGGGAUUUAAAUGUAAAGUUUGAUUUUAUUCUUGUAGAUGGUUUUUAAUUAGUUUGUUUCUACAUCGGAGAUGCGAAGUAAAAUUAUCAGAUUAAAGCUGGAAUGAGAAUGGUGAAGGGGGGUGUAAGGAGUUGAACUUUUAAAAAGCAAGAACAAACUAGAGAUGAAAUAAAACAACGAAAUACAGGAGAUAAUGCAUGACAGCAGCAUGGAGAGAAAGAGUUAAUGCUUCAGGUCUGUAGCCCUGUAUUGUGAUUAAAUAAGUAAAAUAUUAAUGGACUACUGUAUAUAGCUUCCUAAAAUUAAAAUCAACUUUUGAAACACAACUGGAUUUUCUUUAAAAGGUGUAAUGUGUGGAAUAAUUAAAAGGGUUAAGAUUAAGA